AUGCUGAAGCUAUCGUGUGAAGACGUAGACUUUUCGUGCGAUGACAGGACAACUUGCAAAUUGAGACGUGCUGAAACUCACUUCUGUCCUUAUGUGUUGGUUCGUGUUGCCGUUGGCCGAUGCGCCAUAUGGUUGUUCAGUUACCACGCGGGACCUGUGUAUGAGAGUGCUCAACGACCAGUAGGCACCAACGUUUACCUCAAACAUGGGCAGUCUGAUCAGCCAUACGAUAACGAAACUGAGCUUAAAGAUGAGUCAUGGCCGGUUUGUAAUUUAGAUCUUCUUAUUCUUAUGGCCCGUAAGAAGCGAGUUGGUUCUUCGGACGAUGACAGUGACUUUAGUUCAGAUGAAGAAAAGAAAAAGAAGAAACCUGCGAAGAAACGACUCCCAUCUCCAUCUAAAACACCACCAGCACCAAAACGAAAACAAGCCAAGCUUACCACACCGGCCAGAGCGGGUGCAGCAAGUAGAAAAGGACAAGAACAGAAGGAUGCCGACAGUUCAUCUGAAGAGGAGAAUGAGUUCGUCGAGAAUUACGAGAAUGAAGACCUCCUACGAAUGGUAAUUCCUCCAAGACCUCAACCUUGUAUGAAACCUGAUGGUAGUGGAGCAAGGCUCGUAAUCAGGGAAAUUGUUUGUACUAAUUUCAAGUCAUACUUCGGUACACAGCGAAUUGGACCAUUUCAUAAGAAUUUCACCGCUAUUAUUGGUCCAAAUGGUUCAGGGAAAAGCAAUGUUAUUGACUCCUUAUUAUUCGUUUUCGGAUAUAAGGCUUCAAAAAUUCGUUCUAAGAAAUUAUCUGUACUUAUACACUCUUCAAGAGGUCAUGACGACAUUAAUAGUUGUACCGUUGAGGUUUUCUUCGAGCAGAUUAUAGACAAGGACGGUCACUUUGAAGUUGUUCAAGGUAGCGAGUUCAGUGUUUCACGAACAGCUUAUAAAAAUAAUAAUAGUGUUUAUGCUUGGAAUGGAAAGACAAUGUCCAUAAAAGAAAUUGCGGGUCGCUUAAGAGGGUUCGGGAUUGAUCUCAUCCAUAAUCGCUUCCUUAUCCUGCAGGGAGAAGUAGAACAAAUAGCAAUGAUGAGGCCAAAAGGAGAAAACGCUCAUGAGGAAGGAAUGCUCGAGUAUUUGGAAGAUAUCAUUGGAUCCAGCCGUUUCCGUAUUCCCAUCGAAAGGCUGAGUGCAAAAGUCAAUACUUUGAAGGAACAAAGAACAAAUGCAUUACAACGUGUACGAGUAGCGGAACGGGAUAAAUCCGCCCUGGAAGGACCCGUUCGUGAAAUGAUUAUGUACCUCAAAGCAGAGAAUCAUGCCGUGCUUCUCAGAAACCAACUUUUCCAUAUAAAAUUAUUUAAAAUUCUGGAGGAAAUCGAUGAGAUACAACCUCUUCGGGAUGAAGCGUUUGGGAAGAAAAAGGCGGUUGAUAGGGCUCUUAAAGAGGUUCUCGACGCCAGAGAGGCAGAUAAUGAUCGUUUAGAGGCUGCACAAAGGAACCAAGCAAAAAUUUGUGCGGAGGAAAAAGCUGCUCGUGAUGAAAUCAAUGCUCUUGAAAGAGCGGCGAAAGCUCGCACGAACACGAUGAAGAGGAACGUAACCGAAAUUGCUCGUGUCGGUGAUGAAAUUGAAAAGGAGAAACAAAAGUUAGAAGAACUGAAAGGUGUCCCGGCAAAAGCUACCGCUCGACUUGAAGUUCUCAAGGCGUCCAUUGCUGAAUUGAACGAACUAGAGCGUGACAAUAUCAAGAAAGCUGAUGACAACCGAGAUAAGUUUGACCGAAAGGCGGGACCAGAAAAAGCUGAACGAGCCAGACUUGAAGAAGAGAUGGGAGUCCUUGUUUUGAAGGAAGUCGAUGCCAAGAACAAGAUCCAUAUUGCGAAGGAGGCUCUGAAAAAUAUGACUCAUGAAGAAACUAAGCUGCGAAAGCGGUUAGCUGACUUCCAGAAUAAUCUGACUACUUGGAAAGAAGAACUGGAAAAGAAAACUACUGAGAUGGAUGAAUUGAAGGUGUCUUUGCCCAAGGUCCAGGAGGAUUUGGCGCAAGCUCGAGCUUCCCUUCCACUCAUCAAAGAAAAAGAGGACAGGCUUAUGGAGGAGGUUAAUGUUUUGCGUGCCAAAGUCUCCGAAGACAAACAGUUGGUGUCUUCUGGAAUUGCUGGAACAGAGCGUCAAAAAGCAUUGGGUAAAGCGAAGGCUGAGGGCCUGCUCAAAGGACUUAUUGGCAGACUGGGUGAUUUGGGUACUAUCGACAAAAAGUACGAUGCAGCCAUCUCGACAACCACAGCUGCUUUGGAUUCCUAUGUUGUUGAGACAACAAAUGACGGUCAUGAAGCCAUUGAUUAUCUUGUAAAGAGAAAUCUUGGUCGAACUAACUUCAUCAUUCUGGACAAGACAAACGAGUUCAAAGAUAGUAUAGAUACAAAGAAAAAGUUCCCUGCUCCUCGCUUAUUCGAUCUAAUCGAUAUACCAGAUCCCCGACUUCGGAAGGUUUUCUAUUCUACUGUGUUUGACACUCUUGUGGUGGAUACGUUGAAGGAAGCGACGGAACUCUCUCGUAAAGAUAGAUCACUGCGCAUAGUUACUCUUCUGGGACAAGUCAUCGACAGCUCUGGUACAGUUUCUGGAGGAGGUGCGCCGAAAUAUGGACUAAUGGGAAAUAAAGAGAAGGGUCAAGCUGAGAAAGCUAUGCGUGAUGCUCAAUCUCGAUUGCCGGCCAUGACUAAAGAGUUGGACGAGAAGAGUGAGAAACUUGCGGAAACGUCUGCUUCUUGUCGACAGAUGGAACAAAGGAUAUUUGCGCUUAGUAACGAAACAAACAGACUACGUGCCCAGUUCAAUAGCUGUGAUAACGAGAUCCUUAAAUUAACCGAACGCAUCGCUCACAUGGAGAAACAGGUUGUGUACGUAAGUGAACAGCUGGAGAAAAAUUUGGCAGAUGAAGCAGAAGUUGCUGCUAAGAAGGCUGAAAUUGAAGCAGCAACUGCGGAACGCGAGGAAUGCGCGAAAGAGGUUGCUGCUGCGAAAGCAAAAGUAGAUGUGGUUGCAGCCAAAGUGAAAUCCAUUUUUCAUGAGUUUGUGCAGAAAUAUCUGGAUGAAGCUGAUACAGCGAAGAAAAGACGUCAGGAAAUCGAAGAACAAGCUGUGAAGGAGCGAGUGAGCAUAGAUUUGAACGAGCAUAACAUGGAAAAGGUCCAAAAUCGUAUCAAGUUCCUCGAGAAACAAUUAGCUGAUAAAAAGGCGAAGGAACAGAAACUUGCGGAAGAAGAGGAGAAUUUGCCAAAACUUGUAAACCAGGCAAAAGCUACACAAGCUGAACUGAAGGAAAAACUCGAGGAACUCGAGGAAUUUAUCAAAAACACCCGGCAACGAAGAGAAGACUUCAAUCGUGAUGAGCUUAAAUUCUUAAAGGAGGUCAAGCAAUGCACGGACGACCUGAAUGAGAAGGACGCCUGCUUAAAGGGACUGCGAAUUGAGACAGAGAAGCUGAGAAAACAGAUGGAUGCGCUGACAUUGCAUCAAACACAAGAGUUCGAUAUCAUCCCAAAAAAGACGAAGCGCUUCGACAUAGAUGAUCCUAUGGACGACUCAUUCUUUGCCGAUUUGUCCUUGGUAGAUCGACCACAAGAAAAGAAAGAUAAGAAGGGUGAUAAAAAGAAAGGUGCCGACGAAGCGAUUGAGUUUCUGGAAUCACCAGACGGAACUGUACCAAAAUUGACGAGAGAAGAAGUGGCGAAGUUGGACAGGGAACACAUCAAGUUUACACUCACGAAUAUUGAGCAGAAGCAAUUGUCAUCUCGUACUGACAUCAAUAUGCAUGUCAUAAGUGACUACAGAGUGAAGCUAGCAAAACUCGAAACCGAAAGAGCUGUGUUGGACGCAGCUAGGGAAACUAUGGAAGAACACAUGGCAGUAUUGGAUAAUAUGCGUAGGGAUCGAUUAGCGGAGUUUAUGGAUGGAUUUGAAAGAAUCGGUCUCGGUCUUAAAGAAAUGUACCAGAUGAUUACACUUGGUGGAGAUGCAUCUUUAGAUCUAAAGGAUUCUAUGGAUCCGUUCACACAAGGAAUACAAUUCAUGGUUCGACCUCCUAAGAAAUCCUGGAAGCAAAUUGAGAACCUCUCAGGUGGGGAGAAGACUUUAGCGUCAUUGUCCCUGGUGUUUGCUUUGCACCAUUACAGACCAACACCUUUAUACGUUAUGGACGAAAUCGAUGCUGCUUUGGACUUUAGGAAUGUUUCAAUUAUCGCCCAUUACGUCAAGGACCGCACGAAGAAUGCGCAAUUCGUGAUUAUCUCCCUUCGAAACAACAUGUUUGAGCUCGGUGACCGGUUAAUAGGAAUCUACAAGACCUUUGACCGAUCUCAAAAUGUCGUAAUUGAUCCACCUCAAGUGAAGAGCGUACAGGCUGAAUGUGCUCGACGAGAUCAGGAAGUGCUAACCAAAGAAAGCUCAGCUUCUGAUGAAGAAAUAGAUGAUGAUGAUAUGGAUGAUCUCUUCCCUCCCACAGUAAAAGAUAGUCAUCGACGAAGAUCCCGUGCCUUUUCACGUGGAGACAAUAAGGAGAAUAGACUCUCACGCAUCUCACAACGCACACGAUUACCUUCCAUAGCAGAGGAUCGUGAGACUGACGCUUCUUAG